GGGGGAGGUGCUGUACGUCCAAGAUGGCGGCGCCCUGUAGGCUGGAGGAACUGUGAGGUAAACAGCUGAGGGGGAGGAGACGUGACCAUGAAAGACACCAGGUUGACAGCACUGGAAACUCCAGUACCCGUUGUCCCCAGAACAGUCCGGUGGUGGCGCCAAUGAAGAGCCUUCCGAGUCUUUAAAGCACGUCCUGGACCCAGCACGGCACAUCCGUGUGAGAUAAUGGCCCAGCAAGCAAAUAUGGGGGAGCUGCUCUCCAUGCUGGACUCCCCCGUGCUGAGCGUGCGUGACGAUGUAACAGCUGUCUUUAAAGAGAACCUCAGUUCCGACCGUGGUCCGAUGCUUGUAAACACCUUGGUGGAUUAUUACCUGGAAACCAGCUCACAGCCCGUGUUGCACAUACUGACUGCCUUGCAAGAGCCACAUGAUAAGCACCUCUUGGACAAAAUGAAUGAAUACAUGGGCAAGGCCGCCUCUCGAUUACCCACCCUGUCAUUGCUGGGGCACGUCGUGAGACUGCAGCCGUCGUGGAAGCAUAAGCUCUCCCAAGCACCUCUUUUGCCUUCUUUACUAAAGUGUCUCAAGGUGGACACCGACGUCAUCGUCCUCACCACCGGCGUCUUGGUGUUGAUAACCAUGCUUCCCAUGAUCCCGCAGUCGGGGAAACAGCACCUUCACGACUUCUUUGAUAUUUUUGGCCGUCUUUCAUCCUGGUGCCUGAAGAAACCAGGCCACGUGACAGAAAUCUAUCUCGUCCACCUGCACGCCAGCGUCUAUGCCCUCUUCCAUCGUCUGUAUGGGAUGUACCCUUGCAACUUUGUGUCCUUUCUGCGCUCUCACUACAGUAUGAAGGAAAACCUGGAGACCUUUGAAGAAGUGGUCAAGCCAAUGAUGGAGCAUGUGCGAAUUCACCCGGAAUUAGUGACUGGAUCCAAGGACCAUGAACUGGACCCGCGAAGGUGGAAGAGAUUGGAAACCCAUGAUGUUGUGAUAGAAUGUGCCAAAAUCUCUCUGGACCCCACGGAAGCCUCAUACGAAGAUGGCUAUUCUGUGUCUCACCAGAUCUCAGCCCGUUUUUCUCACCGCUCGGCCGAUGUCGCCGCCGGCUCCUGUGCGGACACACAGGAUAGCUGUGGGAGUACGACUUCUACCCCUCACUCCUCUUCUCGGCUGACGUUGUUAAACACGCCAGGGCAGCUACCUCAGACUCUGAGUUCCCCGUCAACACGGCUGUUGACCGAGCCGCCACAAGCUGCUCUUUGGAGCCCGUCCGUGGCGUGUGGGAUGACCACUCCUCCAACCUCUCCUGGAAACGUCCCACCCGAAGUGUCCCACCCGUUCAGUAAAGUCUUUGGUACAGCCGGUGGAAAAGGAACUCCUCUGGGAACCCCUGCCACCUCCCCUCCUCCAGCCCCACCCUGCCACUCGGACGACUUCGUGCACGUUUCAUUCUCGCAUGCCACAGCCGCAGCCCCCAAGAAGGAAGAGAGACCAGAUCCUGCAAGGCCUUGUCUCCACAGACAGCACCAUCUUCCGAACGACAGAGGAUUAGAAGAGCUCCCCGGGAGCAAAGGCUCUGUGCCUCUCAGUGACCUCCCAGGGUUUUUAGGGGGCCUGGCCUCCGAAGAGGAUAGUGUGGAGAAAGAUAAAGAAGAAGCGGCAAUAUCUAGAGAGCUGUCCGAGAUCACCCCCGACGCCGAGCCCCUGGUUCCUCGAGGAGGCUUCGACUCUCCCUUCUACCGGGACAGCCUCCCCGGCUGCCCGCGGAAGACCCACUCAGCCGCCUCCGGCACUCAGGGCACCAGCGCCAACGCUGAGCCUUUAAACUCCUCCCUGGACAAGCUGGGGCCUGACACACCAAAGCAAGCCUUUACCCCCAUCGACCUGCCCUGCGGGGGCGCCGAGGAGAGCCCUGCGGCCGACAGGGCGCGCCAGGCUUCUCUGGAGACGGGCAUCCUGACCCCCAGCCCUUGUAAAGUCCCAGCCCAGAGGGGCCUGGGCUUCGGAAGCGGGCAGCCUCCCCCGUACGACCACCUUUUUGAGGUGGCAUUGCCAAAGACUGCCCAUCAUUUUGUCAGCAAGAAGACCAAGGAGCUGCUGAAGAAGGUGAAAGGGCACGCGGAGGAGGACGGCGUGCCCCCGGCCUCCCCCGUGGAGGUGCUGGACAGGCUAAUACAGCAGGGGGCCGACGCGCACAGCAAGGAGCUGAGCAGGUUAUCUUUACCCAGCAAGUCUGUGGACUGGACCCACUUUGGAGGCUCUCCUCCCUCAGAUGAGGUCCGCACCCUCCGUAACCAGUUGCUUUUACUGCACAACCAGUUACUGUAUGAGCGUUUUAAGAGGCAGCAGCACGCUCUCCGGAACAGGCGGCUCCUGCGCAAGGUGAUCAGGGCAGCGGCUCUGGAGGAGCACAACGCUGCCAUGAAAGACCAGUUGAAGUUACAAGAGAAGGACAUCCAGAUAUGGAAGGUGUGUCUGCAGAAAGAGCAAGCCAGAUACAGCCAGCUCCAGGAGCAGCGAGACACGGUGGUCGCCCAGCUCCACAGCCAGAUCAGACAGCUGCAGCAUGACCGGGAGGAGUUCUACAACCAGAGCCAGGAGUUACAGACGAAGCUGGAGGACUGCAGGAACAUGAUCGCGGAGCUGCGCGUGGAGCUGAAGAAGGCCAACAGCAAGGUGUGCCACACCGAGCUGCAGCUCAGCCAGGUGUCUCAGAAGCUCUCCAACAGUGAGUCCGUCCAGCAGCAGAUGGAGUUCUUGAACAGGCAACUCUUGGUCCUUGGGGAAGUCAACGAGCUGUAUUUGGAACAACUGCAGAACAAGCACUCAGACACUACAAAGGAAGUAGAAAUGAUGAAAGCUGCGUGUCGGAAAGAACUAGAAAAAAACAGAAGCCACGUUCUCCAGCAAAGUCAGAGGCUUGAUACCUCUCAAAAACGGAUCUUGGAACUGGAAUCUCAUCUGGCCAAGAAAGACCAUCUUCUUUUGGAGCAGAAGAAAUAUUUAGAGGAUGUCAAGCUGCAGGCAAGAGGACAGCUGCAGGCCGCAGAGAGCAGGUACGAGGCUCAGAAGAGGAUCACCCAGGCCUUCGAGCUGGAGAUCUUAGAUUUAUAUGGCAGGUUGGAGAAGGAUGGCCUUCUGAAAAACCCUGAAGAAGAAAAAGCAGAGGCAGCGGAAGCCGCAGAGGAAAGGCUGGACUGCUGUAAUGACGGCUGCUCGGAUGCUGUAUCAGGGCACAGCGAAGAGGCCUCUGGCCACAACGGGGAGACCAAGCCCCCCAGACCGGGCAGCACCCGGGGCAGGAGUGGGAGCAGGGGUGGCGGCGGAGGCAGCAGCAGCAGCAGCAGCGAGCUUUCUACCCCGGAGAAACCUCCCAGCCAGAGGGCGGGCCCGUUCAGCAGCCGCUGGGAAACUGCUGCCGGCGAGCCCUCCACCAGCAUCCCCACGACGGCCGGCUCGCUCCCCAGCUCGAAGAGCUUCCUGGGCAUGAGGGCUCGAGAGUUAUUUCGUAAUAAGAGUGAGAGCCAGUGCGAUGAGGACGGCAUGCCCAGCAGUAGCCUUUCUGAGACCCUGAAGACAGACCUGGGCAAAGACUCGGGUGUGGAAGCCAAGACCGCCCUGAGCCUAGACGGCCCGCACCCGCCUCCCCCUCCCCCGGACAGUGUCGGACAGCUCCGCAUCAUGGACUACAACGAGAGCCAUCACGAACACAGCCAAGGCUGACGGCCAGUCAGUGCUGACCUGCCUCCUGCCGGCCUGCAACGGGCGGUGCGAACGCACGGUGCAAAGCGUGCCUGUUUCCAGGGCGUGAGUGGCCAGCUCGUGCCCCGGAAGUGGGCUGGAGGUCUCUUGACAGCAGACCGAACGCAGAACGGUUUUUGGAUCUGGCGUCAAGAUGCCUCGUAACUUCCCCUCAGCCACCCCGAGCCCUCUCUUUCACGACCCCGGCAGCGUGUGCGAACGCGAGGGCCAGGGUGCCUUCUCCGCCAGCUUUCUUUUCUCCCCUCCCCCUAAAUGGUUGCGCCCCUUGAACCUGUGCAAUAUGAGGCCAAAUUCAUUCUCUGAGUCUGACACACCGCGCUCUCCUUUCCUGGAGCUCAGAGGGCCGGGGUGGCUCUCCCUGAGCCCAGCUAUUUGGUAGCGUCGCAGGUGAAUCUGGUUUUGCCCCUUUCCGGGAGGAGGUGGCCUGCAGAGCCUGUCACCUGCACAAGAGAGCUUCACGUGAGGCUUUUUCACUGCUUCCGCUUCUGAAGUUCAGCAUCUAAAGCAGCAGAUCUAGGAAAACGAGGGUGUUUGCAGGCCUGUGUUCUUUUGGCGGUUCUGAUAAGCUUCCUAGAAAGUUCUUUGUGCACAAGGUCUGCUGUGGGUGAGUCUGGAGCUGGCGCUGUGGAGGCCUCCUCCCUUGGGAAUGCUCUGUCCCCCUGCCCACCCCAGCCCACCCCCUUACUCAGGUGGCGUUUGUUCGGGAGCUGGUCCUGUUCUGACCCUGGGCCGAUGCAUGGUCAGACCUGCUCUCUGCAGGGGACGUGAGCAGGUACCUGAGAAGAGACGUGCUGUGGGCGAGGAGCUGCCCGUCCAGGCAGGGUUGUGCCAGCUGAGCCUUGUGGUUAAACACCUCUGUCUGUUUGCCGCCCUUCGCGUUCCCUGCAUCCGUGGUUCAUGUCAGCGCCUUGGUGACACUGCAGCAGAAAGGCUCUGAAGGUCCAAAGAGUUUCUUGAGAGUUUCAUGACCACAGUUUCUCAGGCUCCGCGAGCUGCCUCGCUGUAGUAGAUUCCAGGUCCCCAGAAGGUUACAGCUUUCUCACACCCGCUCUCACUCUCAGGGGCCUGGCGCUGCUGCAUGGCAGCGCAUUAAAGCAGGGCCCGGGGGCGCUGGCAGAGGCUGACUGCCCCGGGCCCUCUGAGCCGCCCGCACAGGCUCAGGAGAGGGGACACCCGCCGGAACAUGGGUGGUGGCAGAGAAGCUGAAUUCAGCAGGUGCUCCGAAAUAAAUGCUAGAAGCCUAAGAAUUGUGGCCGUGUUCCCGCUGAGACCGAGGCAGGGAGAGAUGGGUGGGAAGAGCCAGGCUUCAGAACCUGGCUUCUCUCUCUCUCUCUCCUUUCAGUUAAAAGGAUGGAAGGGCGCAUCCGUGAAGAGGGAAAAGGCAAAACUGUCAUGGUACGAACCUCACGGCAUGGGGCGCUUCCCGCCCCCAAGGGGCAAGGCUCCUCUGUAAAGGGCGGCAGUGAAUGUCCUGGCAUCCCACCCAGAGGGAGCUAGAUAACGGGACUCCCUGUCACCCUGGUGGUCCUGGCAGAAGACCUCCUUGGGACAGGAUCGCCCGGCUGCCCUCCGCCUGGCACGGCGCCGGCAGUUGCCGCUGGAUGCCCCGCGUGGAGUGGUCGGGACACCAAACGUGCAGCUCCGCUUUUUCCAGAGGAGCGCCUAGAAGCAAAUGCGUUCUCGUUGUCUAGUCCACUUUUCUUUAGAAAAGGAAAACAUGAACAAAUUCAGGGGGGAAAAUUACAACCAUGAAGACUCGUUCUGAGUGCUUGUCCCCUUCCCGAGCCCGGGAGAUGUGCGCCUCAGAGCAGAGGCGCUGGGCCCCAGUCAAAGCCCUCAUCCUGACAACUGGCGGAAGCAAGGAGGCUGAUGCAAGGGAAGAAAAAAGCGUUUUUUUAAAUGGGCAGAUGGAGAAAAUACAGAGAAGGAGGCAGCGUGGUAAAGUGGCCUGAGGCCCGGGCCGGAGGCUCCUGGGCCGGCCAGGUCUCUGUGCCUGGGGCCCUUGGCCCCUCCUCCAGCCCUGGCGUCUGUUUGCUCAGCUUUGCAACGGUCUGGUCCAGAGGGGUUGCACUCAGCUUCCCCUGGACUAUAGGAGGCCACGGGUUUUACUCAGCCAGGCUGGGGGUGGACGCAAGAGUCCUGCUGAAGUGAGAUCCAACACAGGAGUUCCCUGGUGGUGCCGUCAGUUGAGGGUCCAGCACCGUCACUGCUGAGGCUGGGUCACUGCUGAGGCUCGGGCUCAGUCCCCGGCCUUGGAGCUUAGGCAUGCUGUGGGUGUGGGCGAAAAAACUUACCCAACCUGAAAAUUUAGGGGUUUUUUUAUUGCAAAGGACUUGAGUCAAUAAUAAGGUUUGGUUUAAUUUUGAAAAUGAUAGACCUGCCCAGAGUCAGCAGGGCACUGGGAGAUGCUGCAGUGAGCAUUUUGAAGGAUGGAAGGUGAUAGUGACAGAUCAGCUUCCCAGAGAGAAUUCAGGCCUGGGGACCAUGGGGCAGAGGCGGCAGCACCGUCAUGGUCCCACCAGAGCCUGUCCUGAGGCUGGUUAAGCAGAGCGGUGGACAGACGUUGGGGUUAGCCUCACGCGAGUCACUCUGAGCAAGCCUGGUCAUGGCCAGUGUCCAUGUCUGUUCUCCCCCCCCCACCAGACACUAACCAGGGUCGGCAGAGACCCUGAGAAGUCGGGCUCUGCUUCUGGGGCAGCGGGAAAGCUUGUUUUCAAAGGAUGCACUACAGCGUCGUGGGGGUGGGGAGGCAGGAGGAAGGUGACGGCGUGGUUUCCGUGGAGAGCGAUCCCCAAUCUAUGACGAGGAAAUAAGCAGGUGGAGCGUGUCCUUGGAUUGGAAAAAAGCUUUUGGCAGGGUUCCGUCCCAGGUCCGUGAAAACCGUAGCUGGGGACGUGGAGGAAGUAGCUGGUCAUGAAUAGGAAAAUGAACUGAAAUCCAAAGGUCGGAGGGAAAGUUCACGUCUUGGGUCAAGAGUUCCCUUGGCGAUGAGAGCCGGGACCAGCCUUUUGGGUGGGCGGGUAGACGUGGCCUCGCCACGCCCGUCAGCAGAGGUUUUCGGGAGGGAAGGUGCCUCCCCCUGGGAAUAAGCUGCUGAGGGUCUCACGAGGCUCUAGGAGCAGAGAGAGAAAUGCUAAGCCAGUCUGGGAGCCAGGGGUCCGUACUGUGUUUGGGGGAGCUAGUCUGAACUCUUCUUAAAGGGUAACUGUUAACAUCCAGGAAAGGGUCCCGGAAGCCACUGACAGUUGGCAAGUUUAACCCAUGUGUCACCACGGCGGCCAGGGCCCCACUGGGCAGCGCCCAGACGGCAGCAAACACAACGCCGGAUGGGGCCGUCGCCGUUUGCGACAGCGUGUGUUGUUUUGGGUGUUACCGCUGAGAAAGAGAGAGCCCUGGCGGUUGUGGGGAAGAGGACGACUAGGUGAUCGUGAUGAUGAGAGAGGGUUUCCGAGGAGCACAGAGGUUCAGAUUCACGGCUGAGAAUAAAAAAAUUGGGUGUUUCUGUGUAGACGCUAACAAAAGUGCUGUGACUGGCCAGUGUGAAUUUUUACCAAAAACUAGAACAUACCACUUGAAGCCAGAAAGAAAGAACUGCAGAACAAGUGACACAAAGUACUAUGUGAAGAUGCAGUUUUUCUAACCAAAGCAGUGAGGUGGGAGAGGUGUGGGCUGGGCUGAGGGGGAUUCGGGCAGAGUGGAGACUCGGUCCCCAGCCGCCGUCUCGGGGGAGGUGCCCCCCACCUCAUGCAGAUGCUCUCAGAGUGGUUCCGGGAGAAGCCCGUGGGGACGAGAGCUAUCUUGUGGGGUGACCCAAAUAAGCACAUCUUACUCUGGGCAUUUGCACCCUUCAGGGCACGUGCUUUGAAAUUGACCAGCAGUGAGUAUGGAAAAGUGUGUCCGGUCUGGAGAUGCUUGUGUGUCUGUUUACACCCAGAGUCCUAGGACGGGUGCCCCUGCCGUGGGGCUGCCCCUUCCCCGGGCCGCUGCAGAGGAAUUGAUUGCACUUGUUUAGGCUUUUCCCUAGAGGUAAAAGAACAAACUUAGGUUGGGGCCUGGCCCGGGCUGCUGCUGUGAUCCUUGUCCCCGAGCGGCUCAUUCCUUAUCCAUGACCGAUGUGCCGGGGGGAGCAGACACCGUCCUGCAGUCUGUGCUCUCUGACCUGAGAGAAGAGUGUCUGUAGCUCCAGGGGAGCCUGCCCGGGAUGGUCGAACACCUGUGCCCACACCUGCUUUUGGCUCUGAAACGACUUCAUGAAGGCAGAGGCGCGCGCUCUCCCCCUUCCCGUCCCAGGGCCACAGAAUUGUCCAGCCUCUGGGAUAAACAGCCGAGUUGAGCCUUGGGAUAGAUCUUGGAGAGUCUGACACCCCCAGACCAACCCCUUUCUCCCCCCCCCCCCCCCCGAUAGAGUGUUUGGACAGGAGGGUACAGAUGGCGCUGCUCCCGGCAUCAGAGCCUCUGGCUUAUCAAAGAGGCAGCCAGGCAUUUUGCACUAGGAGGAAUCAGUGAUCACUUUUCAGAAGACUUCUAUGGACCAUAAAUAUAUUACUGAGGAACAGAUUUUGCUAAGACAAGAGUCUAGUUUUAUAACUCAAUCAUGGAGCAACCAUAUGUGGCUAACUUGCAGUUAAAAGGGGUCCCAUCAGUGAAAAUCAGAUUUUUUUUUUUUGGCUGACCGCUUUCAGCUAAAUUCAAGACCGUCGUCUCUUGUCAAAAGGUUUACACCUUCCCGCCUUGAUCUUAAAAGCAUGUCAGACGAUCCACAUGAGAUGCCAUAAAUGAACUGCAAGAGAAAAUGGUACAAUCUUAGUGAACGGGAGUUGGAAUCAAAAGGUUUGCUGUCCUUCUUAGAAUGUUCUAGAAUGUCAAGGCAGUUGCUUGUGUUAACUGUGAACAAAUAAAAACUUAUUGUUUUGCACUA